GCGUUUUCAAGCCCAGGAAGAAAAAAAAUAAUGAUGACAUAAGCAAGAAUAAAGCGCAUAGCGUAACAGUAAAAGUUACGGGAAGCUUGACACCAAUCUGGAAGGAGGAAGCUGCUUGAAAUAAAACUACAAAAAUCUGUUACCAAUCGCUUAUCAUAUUCGGUUUGUGGCUUUUGCAUCAUCAGUAAAACAACAAAUAUGAGCGAAGAGUCUAGUUUGUAUGGAAAGGCAACAGAUCUCUUGCAUCAGCUGGAGGAUAUCCUUGAAUCUGAUGCUCUAAUUGAUGAGCUAGGGUUUAUUCAUCCAUCCCAAUUUUCCUUGUUAAAUGAAGAAUCUGGCAUUUCGGGUAAUUUAUCUGAUGAAACCAUCCAUCAAUCAGCAGACAGGAUAGCAAGUUCUAAUGAAUAUUCCAAACAAGAGAAACGAUACUUCUGGAACAGAGAUCAUAAAUUGGGAAUUUCAACUGACGUUCUUCUACUAUUAUAUAAAGCUGCUAAACAUUCAUUUAUGACGGCAUUUAAACAAUACAAGAUGUGUGGCAAUCAAUCUGACAAAGUUGGACGUUGUUUACCUGCUUCAGUAUCCCAUGACCAUCUUGAAAGUAUACUUUUGAGACACAGCAGGUCUCUUGUACUGCUAAGUUGUGAUUUCAUGACUGCUUGGAAUUGCAGAAAGUUAUUAGUGUCCAAGAAGAAGCAGGUCUCAAUGUUUGUAGAUGAACUUUUACUGUCAGAACUUGUGCUCUCAUGCUCAUCCAAAAGUGAACAAGCUUGGAGUCAUAGGCGAUGGGUGAUCAAGUCAAUCUCUGCAAACUGUUCAAAUUUCAAAGAGAUUUUGGGGAAAGAAUCUGAGCUGGUGGAAAAAAUAGCCGAGAGAUCAAAGAUGAAUUAUCGUGCAUGGAAUCACCGUUGCUGGCUAAUCUCAUACAUGACUAAAGAACAGGUGCUACUUGAGUUGAAGAAAUCCAGAAUUUGGGCCGCACUGCAUGUUUCUGAUAAUUGCUGCUUUCAUUAUCGCAGACGGUUACUGCAGAAAAUUAUGGAGGACCGAAGUAAUGCGGAAGAAACUGCAUCUUAUGGUCAUAAUGAUGAUAUUGUCCAAGAAGUGAAGGAGAAAAUUAUGGAGGACCGAAGUAAUGCGGAAGAAACUGCAUCUUAUGGUCAUAAUGCUGAUAUUGUCCAAGCAGUGAAGGACGAACUUGAUUGGAAUGAAACAUUGAUAAAGCGUUAUGUUGGAAGAGAGGCUCUAUGGCUUCAUCGUCGCUUUCUUUCCAUGUGCUGGAUAAAUAAUUUUCUAACUGAUUCUAGUGAUGGAUCCUACCAUUCCAAGGAGGGAACUGGCAUGUAUCGUGACCUUGGCACCUUUCUGCAGAAUGAAUUAUGUCUCCUUCAUGCCUCAACUUUUGCUGAUGACGAUUAUGGGGAUUUCCAAGCACAAGCCACACAUUCUGUUAGUUACAUACUGUGGUUGAAAAUGCAAGUGCCCAAACCUCUUGAAAAUGAACUCCUUGAGAAGAUAAGAGAUGUAGAUUUGAAGACCUUACUGGAUAAGUCAUGUCCUGAGAGAUCUUCUCUAUUCAAAUACUUUUUGAGCUAGAGCUAUGUGAAGAGUAUUCUCAUAUCUCAAGUCAAGGAGCGGGAGUUUUGGUAAAAUAUUUACAGCUCUAAUAGAAGAAAAAUGACACCCAUGUAUUGUUUAUUAUUUGAUAUCUUGUAUUUAAGUUUUCCUUGCAAGUUUUUGGGCAACACCCAAAAUAAGUUUACAAAUAUAGAUUCAGGAUUUCCGACGAGUGAUUUGUGCAAAUAAUAAUAUUGUGUAAGUUGUAACACAAAAUAGGUACAAUAGUAAAAGAAGACAAAAAAAUAUAAAACAAUAGCCAAUGUUAUGUGCGAAAAGCACAAAGAAAUGUAAUCAACCGAUACAUUAUUGAA